AAGAUGAGCCUCGCACUAAUUCAAUUCCUACAUUUUGCAAUAUGUACUCAGGCCAUUGAAAAUUUAGCUCUUGGAAGACCCGCCUGGCAGAACCAUGACUGGCCAAAUAAAGAAACCGACUGGGGAGCAGCGAAGGCGGUGGAUGGGAAAUAUACUGAUCGUGGAGUGGUAGGAAACCAGUGUACAAUAUCAAAUGACAAACAACAGACAGCAGAGUGGAGAGUGGAUCUAGAAAGAGUGGUCAGCAUCAGUCAAAUCAACAUCUACUACAGGACGGAUAAUGCACCCAGUCCUGGUGCCUACUACGGUCGAUUUGCUGGAUUUUUUCUCUACGUUUCUAAUACCACGGUGAAGGACGAUGGCUAUCUUUGUUUUCAUGAGAUACAAACAGUGGACGGUACACCAACAGAGAACCAGACAAUAAGCUGUCCUGUACAUGGACGUUAUGUUAUAUACUACAACGAGAGGAGACGGGGUGUGACGUAUCCAAGUUAUUACUCUCAAUAUGCGUACAAUGAAUUAUGUGAAUUGGAAGUUUAUGGAUGCCCAGAUCAAAGAUAUUUCGGAGAAUAUUGUGACCAAUUAUGUCCUGAGAACUGUCAGGAGCAAAGAUGUGACAUCACCACAGGAGAAUGUCUGGGUUGUAAACCGGGGUAUCAAGGUCGUAUGUGUAGUCAUUUGUGUGGUAAACAAAUGUACGGCUUGGAGUGUUCUCUAUCAUGUGGUAACUGUAGUGACGGAGAAACCUGUCACCAUGUCAACGGCACGUGUCUUACAGGCUGUAGUGAAGGGGCGGAGGGAGAGACAUGUCAAACUGCCUGCCAACCAGGUUAUUACGGGAAGGACUGUAUACAUGAAUGCAGUGUUAACUGUGGAGUAACCAGACGAUGUAACAGGUAUACUGGAGAGUGUGAGGGAGGAUGCCAACCUGGUUGGAAAGGAAACCUUUGUGAACAAGAAUGUGACGCUGGAAUGCACGGUUCUAACUGCAGUCAGAGAUGUGGAUAUUGUCUUAACAAUACAAAGUGUCACCAUAGUAACGGUUCAUGUUUUGACGGGUGUUCUGCGGGAUACCAUGGAUUGCUCUGUAGCAAAGAGUGUGUUCCUGGUUUCUACGGAAAAGACUGCAGGCGGAAUUGCAGUAAAAGCUGUGGAGUGUCUAAGCGAUGUGACAGAAUCACUGGACAUUGUGAGGGAGGAUGUCAGCCAGGAUGGCAAGGAAUUCAAUGUGAUAAGGAGUGUGGAGUCGGACUUUACGGGGUUAAUUGUAACCAAACCUGUGGCCACUGUUUAAAUGACUCACAAUGCCACUUUGUCAACGGCUCUUGUUUAGAAGGGUGUUCCUCUGGUUACGAAGGAUCUCUUUGUAUGAAAGUUUGUAGACGAUCAUACUGGGGUGAGAAUUGUAAAAGGAAAUGUCACACAGACUGUGUCAACCAGAUAUGUCAUCACGAAUCAGGAGUUUGUGAAACUUAUGUUAAGUCACAGAUGUGUGAAGCUUGUAGCUGUGGCAACACUACUACCAUUAUUAGUAUUAUUGUCUCUGUUUUAAUCGUUAUCUCCGGAAGUGUCUUAAAUUACCUGAUCUGGAAACGAAAUCAGAGUACGAUUGAAAAGUUCUUCAAACAAAAGGAUAAUGUGAAGGAAUUUCCAGCUGUCGAUAUUGCAGAUCAAUACAGUGCGGGAGAUAAAAUAACUUCCCCUUAUGCAGAACUCGGAGAACUCGGCAAACACAACACCUAUGAUGAGCUUCACAUCUAUGAGAAAGCUGAUGAGAAAAUUUGAUACAUUUAUUAAUGGAGAAAAGCUUAUAU